AUGUACGGAAAAAAUAAAACUCUCAAUGCUCCAUCUGAUAUUCAUGCUAAAGAGAAAUUAAAUCUUUAUGUAUACGAAUAUUUAUAUCAUAUUGGUGCAUCAAAAGCUGCUCAGGGAUUUUGUGCGGAUAUGAAAUGGGAACCAAAUAAAAUGUCACUUGGUGAACCACCUGGAUUUUUACUUAGUUGGUGGUGUGUUUUUUGGGAUUUAUAUAGUGCAGCCCCUGAACGUCGAGAACAACAUCCACAUUCAGAAGAAGCUAAAGCUUUUCAUGAUUAUGGAUUUAUUAAUGCAAAUGGCAUGCCUCCUCAACCAAAUCCAAAUCCAAAUGGUCCACCACCAAUGCCUAUGAAUGUAAAUGAAGGAAUGCAUAAUCCAAAUGUCCCAUUUUUUCCUCCACAAGGACCACAAAUGAUGAAUCAGUAUCCUCGUUAUGGAAAUCCUCCACUACGUUCACUUGUUCGUAUGCCAUCUCAACCAGAUUAUCCAGUUGGACCAGUAAUGCCACCACAAAUGGAUGGUGGUCGAAAUGGUUUAAGAAUGCCAUCUCCAGGUGCUCGAAUGCCAACUAAUCCAAUUGGUCAUCCUGGUCCUGGUGGACCAUUAUCAAAUACAUAUCGACCACAAGGUAUGUCACCAUCAAUUAAUCAAUCUGGACCAAGAAUGUAUAUGACAAAUUCACCAGGGGUUGGUUAUUCUUCGUCAUCACCUGCUCCUUAUGGAACUCCUUGUCCUCCAACUCAUGCUCCGACUACACCAACAAUGAUGCCAAGUCCCCAAGAUUCAAAUAGUGGAGAAAUGCAAUCGUAUGGUAUGCGUAAUAUGCCUACUGGAAUGGGUCCAGGACCGAAUCCAAUGUAUCAUGAUCCACAUCUAGCUCAUAUUCCACCUGAAAUGAUACAUCAUGGUUCAAUAAAUGGAGAUUAUGAUCAACAAAUGAAACAAUCACCGAAUCAACAACAACAACAACAAAAUCAACAACAACAGCAACAACAACAACCACCACCACCACCGCCACCGGAUGCAGCAAAUUUUAAUUAUGCUGAAGAUCCAAGUAAUGAUACAAAUGCUAUAUUAAAAUUAAAAGAAUCAAUGCAAGAAGAAGUUAAAAAAUUUGAUAAAACACCUAAUAAUUCAAAUAAUGAUGAUUAUAGUCAUUUUGGUUCGAUUGGUUAA